UCGCAGCUGAUUUGACAUCGAUUUCUUCCACAGCGUUACGACGUAGAUUUUGUGGAGAUGGAAGCAGAAGUCACGGGUGAUAUUAUUGCGGCCGUUCUCGCCGAGGACGUUGAGUCGUUGAAUCGUUGCUUGUCCGCAGGGUGUAGCCAGGUCGACAUAGACGAGGCCCUCUGUGAAGCUGCCCUGAAGGCAAAUCCAACCAUUGUGAAACUUUUAUUACAAAAUACAAACCCCAAACCUAAUGUGCGUUUUACAAAUGUGCGUAACGAGCGUGCGAUUCACUGCGCGUGUGUUGGAGGAAACGUAGAAGUGGUCAAGUUUUUGUACCAGGCAGGCUCGGCCAUCCAUGCGGCAGACGAACUAGGACAACAUCCGUUACAUAUUGCCGCUAAACUUGGACAUGUGGAUGUGGUCCAGUAUCUGUUGUUCAGAAGUGCGCAUAUUAAUUCCAGUAAAACAUUCGAAGUGCAGGCGACCCCUCUCCAUCUUGCAAUAGAAGCCCGACAGUUAGACUGUGUGAAGGCAUUAGUGGAUUCCGGGCGUGCAAAUCUCAAUUGCCGGACCUCCCGACAGGAGGGAGGCAAUACGCCACUGCACAUGGCCGUCCUGUGCAAAUUUCUAGAUGGAGUACAAUUGCUAUGUGACCGGGGGGCUGAUGUCAACGCCCGUAAUACAGCAGCCGGAAAGUCUCCUUUAUAUUUUGCCGCGAAUAUUGAGGAGCCCAAAUUCACGCGGUGUCUAUUGGCGGCCGGGGCGGACGUUGACGCCAAAACAACGCAAGGUUGGACACCGUUAAUGAAUGCAUCAUGCAGUAACAGACCAGAAAAUGCUUUGGCGUUAAUUGAGCAUGGCGCCGACAUCAACCACUCCGAUAAUGACAGUCGACUUUCCCCGGUUAUCGGGGCCAUCACGGCAAGGGCGGAUCGCAGCCUUCGUGUUCUCUUGGCCUCUGGGGCCGACCCAAACGCUUCCACAUCAAGACAGGAACAUCCCCUAUUGGUGGCAGCCUCACAUGGAAACCCUGAGUGUGUAAGACUUCUGUUGGAUGCGGGGGCCGAUAUAGAUGUGAUGACUUCAAGGGAUGCUACCGUCUUACACAGGUGUCAGAGAAUAAAAUAUGGCGAAGCACGUGAUGGGGUGGUGCGCAUGCUGAUAGAGGGCGGGGCCAAGCUGAACGUGUAUAACAAGGAGGGAUACACGCCCCUCCACAACUGUGUCUUCCAGACCACACUCGAUAAUUUCUCCCUUUCUACACUCAAACUACUAGUCAUGGCGGGCGCCAGAGUAGACCUCGGCAAACAGAGCAACAAAAAAAUUGGAAGGUCUGGAUUAUUCAGAAACUCUCCAUUGUGUUGGCUAGUCUGGAAUAAUUACAUCGAGGCGGCUGAGUAUCUGGUUGGCUGUGACUGGUAUCUGUACGACGAAAGCUGGAUGUAUCUACCUGGGAAAACACGAGAGCACGAACUCUUCAAUGACAGAAUACGACACUUGUCGAACCAGCCAUUCUCACUGUCAUCGUGUUGUCGCUUGGUAAUACGUGACCGACUUCGCCUUUCCUCUGGGGACCGGGAAAUUCUUACUCGCAUAUAUCAGCUACAACUCCCAAAUCCUACCAAAGGCUUCCUCAGUCUACAGGACUAGUAGGAACUCCUAAACCCUAUCAAAGCUUCCUCAGUCUACAGGACUAGUAGGAACUCCUAAACCCUAUCAAAGCUUCCUCAGUCUACAGGACUAGUAGGAACUCCUCAACCCUAUCAAAGCUUCCUCAGUCUACAGGACUAGUAGGAACUCCUCAACCCUAUCAAAGCUUCCUCAGUCUACAGGACUAGUAGGAACUCCUCAACCCUAUCAAAGCUUCCUCAGUCUACAGGACUAGUAGGAACUCCUCAACCCUAUCAAAGCUUCCUCAGUCUACAGGACUAGUAGGAACUCCUCAACCCUAUCAAAGCUUCCUCAGUCUACAGGACUAGUAGGAACUCCUCAACCCUAUCAAAGCUUCCUCAGUCUACAGGACUAGUAGGAACUCCUCAACCCUAUCAAAGCUUCCUCAGUCUACAGGACUAGUAGGAACUCCUCAACCCUAUCAAAGCUUCCUCAGUCUACAGGACUAGUAGGAACUCCUCAACCCUAUCAAAGCUUCCUCAGUCUACAGGACUAGUAGGAACUCCUCAACCCUAUCAAAGCUUCCUCAGUCUACAGGACUAGUAGGAACUCCUCAACCCUAUCAAAGCUUCCUCAGUCUACAGGACUAGUAGGAACUCCUCAACCCUAUCAAAGCUUCCUCAGUCUACAGGACUAGUAGGAACUCCUCAACCCUAUCAAAGCUUCCUCAGUCUACAGGACUAGUAGGAACUCCUCAACCCUAUCAAAGCUUCCUCAGUCUACAGGACUAGUAGGAACUCCUCAACCCUAUCAAAGCUUCCUCAGUCUACAGGACUAGUAGGAACUCCUCAACCCUAUCAAAGCUUCCUCAGUCUACAGGACUAGUAGGAACUCCUCAACCCUAUCAAAGCUUCCUCAGUCUACAGGACUAGUAGGAACUCCUCAACCCUAUCAAAGCUUCCUCAGUCUACAGGACUAGUAGGAACUCCUCAACCCUAUCAAAGCUUCCUCAGUCUACAGGACUAGUAGGAACUCCUCAACCCUAUCAAAGCUUCCUCAGUCUACAGGACUAGUAGGAACUCCUCAACCCUAUCAAAGCUUCCUCAGUCUACAGGACUAGUAGGAACUCCUCAACCCUAUCAAAGCUUCCUCAGUCUACAGGACUAGUAGGAACUCCUCAACCCUAUCAAAGCUUCCUCAGUCUACAGGACUAGUAGGAACUCCUCAACCCUAUCAAAGCUUCCUCAGUCUACAGGACUAGUAGGAACUCCUCAACCCUAUCAAAGCUUCCUCAGUCUACAGGACUAGUAGGAACUCCUCAACCCUAUCAAAGCUUCCUCAGUCUACAGGACUAGUAGGAACUCCUAAACCCAAUCAAAGCUUCGCUAGUUUAUAAUAAUAAUAAUAUGCUUUAUAAGACCCUGUCAGUUUAAAGUCCUUAACCCAAUCACUAAAGUUUCGUCUGUCUAAAGUUGUAGGCUUCUUACAAAACAGUGACAUCUAGGCAGGAAGGGGCAGGCAUACCAAUAGUCCAAAACAUUCCGGGAACAGUCCACUGAAGGAAGUCUAGCCGAGCAUGAUCAAGGUCCACUGACGAUAGACCUCCGCCGGCAGUGUCAUGAGCCAAUAGAGAUGAUGUCAUCAGUCUUCCCUUUAGCAAACUCCGAGCUCCAUUGGCCUGCGUUAACUGUUCCUUUAGCCUGCACGGUUUAAAUUUUAAUUACUUCCCUUUGCUUCCUAGCAGACACUGGUGGUGAUAGGUCUAAAACCUUAUUAUUAGACCCCGGUUUCCCAGACACGGGUGGUGAUAGGUCUAAAACCUUGUUAUAAGACCCCGGUUUCCCAGACACGGGUGAUGAUAGCCCUAAAACCUUAUUGUUAGACCCCGGUUUCCCAGACACGGAUGGUGAUAGGUCUAAAACCUUAUUAUUAGACCCCGGUUUCCAAGACACGGGUGGUGAUAGGUCUAAAACCUUAUUAUUAGACCCCGGUUUCCCAGACACGGGUGGUGAUAGGCCUAAAACCCUAUUAUUAGACCCCGGUUUCCCAGACACGGGUGGUGAUAGGUCUAAAACCCUAUUAUUAGACCCGGGUGGUGAUAGGUCUAAAACCUAUUAUUCGACACUGGUGGUGAUAGGUCUAAAACCCUAUUAUUAGACACUGGUGGUGAUAGGGCUAAAACCCUUUUAUUAGACCCGGGUGGUGAUAGGUCUAAAACCCUAUUAUUAGACACUGGUGAUGAUAGGUUUAAAACCCUUUUAUUAGACCCGGGUGGUGAUAGGUCUAAAACCCUUUUAUUAGACCCGGGUGGUGAUAGAUCUAAAACCCUAUUAUUAGACACUGGUGGUGAUAGGUUUAAAACCCUUUUAUUAGACCCGGGUGGUGAUAGAUCUAAAACCCUAUUAUUAGACACUGGUGGUGAAAGGUCUAAAACCCUAUUAUUAGACACUGGUGGUGAAAGGUCUAAAACCCUAUUAUUAGACACUGGUGGUAAUAGGUCUAAAACCCUAUUAUUAGACACUGGUGGUGAAAGGUCUAAAACCCUAUUAUUAGACACUGGUGAUGAUAGGUUUAAACCCCUUUUAUUAGACCCGGGUGGUGAUAGGUCUAAAACCCUAUUAUUAGACCCGGGUGGUGAAACUGAGUACUGUUGAUCACCAGACUGUGUAGUUCUAAUCUGCCUAUACAACCUAUAACGUUAUUCUGUGAUAUAAAUACACGCAAAUAUAUAUAUCGGAUGGAUAUCUAUAAACAAAACAUUCCAUUUAAACUUGAGUUUUUAUGAAGCUAGUUAUAUUAGUUAACGUUGUU